AUGCACUAUGGUCCGCCCCCAGAGCCCUCACCUCUGCCAUCUGGUGUGACUACCCCAUCUAGCGAGUCGAAGCGGUUCUCAGACCCGCCCGCAUCUUGGGAAGGUGGUAAGCUGAGCUGGAAUUGGACGCCCGAAGGCGGCCUCGGGAGAGGAAACGAUCUCGCGCCCAUCCGCUUCGGCGACGGCCCGCCAUACAGCGAAGACGAGGAUCUGCAAAGCCCGGUGGUCAGUUCGCGCCACAAGCGGCACAGGUCAAAUCCAACCACACUUGACCAUGGACAAGCCCGCGCCGGCGGCGCGGCCAGCUACGAGUCGCACGCGGCAUACGGCAGCUACGGCGGUGGGAGAUACUAUAUCGACCAAGCAGGCGAACCCGGCGGACCGGGUGGGGAGUAUGCUAAUUACCCGCCCGGAUAUGCACACCAGGACGAUGACGGGUUUGAUGGCUCCGGGGUCCGCCAGUCUCAGAGGUACGGUGAUGAGCACUCUCCGCACCCAGGUGAUUCUGAUGGGUCAAGCGAUUGUUCGUCCCCUGGCAUUAACGGCCAUGAUGAGUCUAGAUAUUCGAGGGACUACCAGUUUACGAUUACGUCUCCUGACGAGGAAAUGCACGGGAAAGCCGUCGCGCUAUUCGACUUUGAGCGCGAGAAUGAGAAUGAGCUACCGCUGGUGGAGGGACAGAUCAUAUGGGUCUCCUACAGACACGGCCAAGGCUGGUUGGUAGCGGAGGAUCCAAAGACACAGGAAAGCGGCCUUGUCCCCGAGGAGUACGUGCGUCUGCUUCGAGAUAUUGAAGGUGGUAUGAACAGCCUCACAAACGAGAUUGCCGCCGACUUCUCAGCAAGCCCGGAUGAUGCGGGCACACCAACCCAGACCGAGCACAUCUCCAACCUCCCACCGCCUUCGUCCAGCCAGGCCCAGCAGUCCGGCCACAAGCCAAGCUCGAGCAACGCCUCGAAUGGUUAUCACCACCCUGUGGUGAGCACCUUUUCCACUUCGAGCAAGGACUUAGACCCAUACCCUCAGCACCUACUGGGAACGCAAGCUGGGCAGCCACCUCCACAGGUCGUGCACUACCACGGUCAGAGGGGCGGGUCGGGCAGUCAGGUCAACACGCCUACGGGUCAAAACUCAUUUGAUGGAGCGACUGGCCGGCGAGGAAGUCAGGACGCUUCAAAAGGCUUAGAGACAUUACCAAGCCGAAAGCACAACUCAUCCGAAUCGGCCGGCAUCAAGGAGCAAAUAGAGCCGGAGGAGCGGUGA